ACCGCCAGAAAUGGCUUCUUCAUCAUCGAGAACGUACGAGACACGAAAGCGAGAGCCAAAUCCUAAAAUCGCAGCUCUUCUCGUCAUCGAUAUGCAGAAUCACUUCUACUCUAUGGCUGAACCAAUCCUCCAAAACGCUCUCACCACCAUCGACAUCUGCCGACGCGCUUCAAUCCCCGUAUUCUUCACGCGCCACAACCACAAAUCCCCAACCGACCACGGCAUGCUCGGAGAGUGGUGGAACGGCGAUCUAAUCCUCGACGGAACCACUGAUUCCGAAAUCAUCCCGGAAAUCAAUCGCCAGGUCACCGGACCAGACGAAAUCGUGGAGAAGAGCACGUACAGUGCGUUUAACAACACGCACCUUCAGGAGAAGCUGGACAAGAUCGGAGUGAAGGAGGUGAUCGUUAUCGGAGUGAUGACGAACCUAUGCUGUGAGACGACGGCGCGUGAAGCGUUUGUAAAGGGGUUUAGGGUUUUUUUCUCGACGGACGCGACUGCGACGGUUAAUGAAGAGCUUCACGAGGCUACUCUAAUGAAUCUCGCGUAUGGCUUUGCUUAUCUCGUCGAUUGCGAUAGACUCCGGCGAGGUCUACUCAGUAGUUAAUAAAAGAUGACUACACCUUUUGUUAUUUGUGUUUAUUGUGUGUGUAAGAGCAUCUGGUGAUAAAAGUGGAAUGUCUUUAGUCGUUAGAUUAAAAUUUUAAUUGAUAAACUGUAAAAGUAUUAA